GGUAGUCCUUAGCUAUACUGCCAAGGCCUAGCCAACCAAUUCUGAAUCCUUUUUUAGAUGUGGUAAGAGAAUUGGGAGGACAUGGACAGUGACUAAACCUGCUUGUUGCUGAAUUCAAUUCCUCUCCCCGGCAAAUUUUCUUCAAAGAAAAUGGGUAAUUCAUGGUUAGGAAACAUAAGCAUCCUUCACAUUAACUUGUUUGUUUGCUUUGUUAUUGUCCUCAGCUUAUUUCUACCAGGAUCCCUGAAAUUUGCAUUGGCCUUGGGGAACGAAACUGACAGAAUAGCUUUGCUUUCUAUAAAGGAUCAGCUUGUUGGUUCUUAUCCAGGAGCUCUCGUUUCAUGGAAUGCUUCUCUCCACUUCUGUGAGUGGCAAGGUGUUACAUGUGGUCCUCGCCACCAGAGGGUCACUGCUCUGGAGUUGCCUGGUUUGAAACUAGCUGGGUCGUUAUCUCCUUCGAUUGGCAAUUUAACCUUCCUCAGAAAAUUUAAUCUGUCUGAUAAUAGAUUGCAUGGUAACAUACCCAAGGAAGUUGGCUACCUUAGGCGGUUGCGUGUUCUUCACUUGUCUCAAAAUAAUCUCCAUGGAGAAAUUCCUGUAGAGCUUGCCAAUUGCUCAAAACUCCAAGGGAUUGUUUUGUUGUAUAAUAACCUCACUGGUGAAGUUCCUUUCCAAUUGGGUGAUUUGUCGCAACUCAUCAGACUCUCCUUGGGUGCCAACAAUUUAGUUGGGAGUAUUCCAUCUUCUUUAGGAAACCUUUCAUCAUUGCAGGAUCUCUCUCUUUCUUCUAAUCAUUUUAAGGGAAAUAUCCCAGAUGCUCUAGGCGGGGCCGUAAACUUGAGAUAUCUUUUUCUCGCUAGCAACAGCCUAAACGGUACUCUUCCUCUCUCAAUUCACAAUCUUUCUUCCUUAGAAAUGAUUGAGAUGGCUACAAACAAUUUCUCAGGGAGUCUUGCAGCUGUAAUAGGCCUUCCUUUUCCAAAUCUUCGAUACUUUAGUAUUGGAGAAAAUCAAUUAAUUGGAACUAUUCCGAAGUCAAUAUCUAAUAUGUCUAAUCUGGAGAUAUUCGACAUUGCCAUGAAUGGUAUCAGUGGAUCUGUUCCUAACGAUUUGGGAAACCUCAAGAAUUUUCAAGAGUUAAUCAUUGGGCACAACUUCUUCGGAAAUGGGAAAACAGGAGACCUAGAUUUUCUUUCUUCUUUGAGUAAUUGUACCCAAUUACAAAUUUUGGAACUAGAGGGGAAUCGAUUAGGUGGCCUGCUGCCAAAAUCCAUAGGCAAUUUAUCAAUCCAGCUCAGCAUGAUUUUUAUGGGAUUUAAUCAGAUCUCAGGAAAUAUUCCUGAAGGGAUUGGCAAUCUUUUCAGCCUAACUCUUUUCCAUAUGCCGAGAAAUGCCCUAUCAGGCACCCUUCCAACUUCUAUUGGGAAGCUUCAAAAUCUUGAAAGAUUGUUUCUCAGCUCUAAUAACUUUUCAGGUGAAAUCCCAUCCAUCAUUGGUAAUCUCUCUCUUUUGUUUGAACUUCAAUUACAUAAUAACAAUUUUGAAGGAAGAAUUCCACUUGCCCUUAGAAAUUGCAAAAAAAUGCAAAAGUUGUUUCUUUCCGGAAAUAAACUUAGCGGUAAUGUACCAGAUCAUCUAUUUGGUGCUUUUACAAGUUUGAUUUUGGUUUACAUUUCUAGCAACUCAUUGAUCGGUCCCCUUCCAUCAGAUUUGGGUAAUCUAACGAACUUAGUAGAAUUAUUUAUUUCUGAAAAUAAAUUUUCUGGUGAAAUUCCGAAGUCACUUGGUGAGUGUUCUGGACUAAGGACACUUGAUAUGGCAAGAAACUUCUUCCAAGGUAGCAUUCCCUUGUCUUUUGGCUCUUUGAAAUCUCUUGAAAUUUUAAAUCUUUCCCACAAUAGUCUGUCAGGUACCAUACCACAUGAACUUGAAAAACUUCCAUUUUUAAGCAAUUUGAACCUUUCUUUUAAUCACUUGGAGGGUGAAGUUCCGAAAGGAGGGGCUUUCAAUAAAUCAAGUGGAUUUUCAAUUGGGGGAAACAAAAAUCUCUGUGGAGGGAUACCUGAAAUAAAGCUCCCAAAGUGCAUCAAUCAGGAGCCAAGGAAAAAGGGCAAUGCUUUGUCGACCAAAGCCAUCAUUGUUAUGAUCCUUGGCAUUCUAAUUGCCUUUAUUUUGGUUGUCCUUCUUUUCGUUCGUUGUUGCAAAUUUAGGUCUGGAAAGAAGCUUAUCCCUGCAACUUUGUUUGGUGAUGGCUACUUGCGGGUAUCCUACAAAGAGCUUCUGCAAGCAACGGGUGGUUUUGCAUCUUCCAACUUGAUUGGUAUGGGAAGUUUUGGCUCUGUCUAUAAAGGAGUUCUUAAUCAGCAAGAAAAACCAGUUGCAGUGAAGGUACUUAACCUUCAAAACCGUGGCGCUGCAAAGAGCUUCACGACUGAAUGCAAGGCUUUAAGGAAAGUUCGACAUCGGAAUCUUCUCAAAAUUAUAACUUCCUGCUCAAGCAUUGAUUACCAAGGCAAUGAUUUCAAGGCUUUAGUUUUCGAAUUCAUCCCUAAUGGGAGUUUGGACAGUUGGCUUCAUGAGCAACAUGAGUCAAGGUAUUUGAACUUUGUUCAAAGGUUAGACAUAGCCAUAGAUGUAGCCAAUGCAAUAGAUUACCUUCAUCACAAUUGUGAGGCAGUAAUUGUCCAUUGUGAUCUAAAGCCUACCAAUGUUCUUCUUGAUGAUGACAUGGUUGCACAUGUCAGUGAUUUUGGAUUGGCUAAGCUUCUGUCUAGCGACACAGACAAUAUGGGUAAUAAUCAAACAGGUUCGUCAAUGAUGAAAGGAACAAUUGGUUAUGUUCCCCCAGAAUACGGCAUGGGCGGGGCAGUGUCUCCAGAAGGUGAUAUAUAUAGCUAUGGGAUUCUGCUCUUGGAGAUGAUCACGGGAAGAAGGCCAACGGAUGGUAUGUUUCAUGGCGGCUUAAGCCUUCACAAUUUCUGUAACAUGGCACUGCCUGAUCGGCCGAAAGAGAUUCUCGAUUUUCGCUUACUCGAACAAAUUAGUGAAAAUAAGGAGAGAUUAACUAAUCUUCCGAACAUGGAGCGAGAGAUGUUGGAGAGUUUGGUUUCUUUCACUAAAAUAGGAGUCGCAUGCUCUGCAGAAGCACCUGGUGAAAGAAUGGGAAUCAAAGAUGCUAUUACACAACUACCUGCAAUCAAGGCAGGGUUGCUUGGCACGGGAAUCCAUGGAAGAAACAGGAGAUAGGCAGCAGCAGCUGGUGAAUCAGAAGCAAACAUCUACGCAAUGUUUUGUAUCUAUAAUGGAUAUUUGAACUUUGUUUUGCAUUUGUUCAAAUCCUUUAAACUAGGAUUGUCUACAGAGAUUUCAAAAGACUUGGCUAUGGAAAGUGAUAUUUAAGUU